AUGCUUCGCUAUGUUGUGGCCGCAGUGUUGGCCGUUGCCGUUUAUGGGAAAGGAGAUCCUGAGGCCAACAUGAAAGCGCCCGAGAUCAUCGCUCAUUGGGGAUAUCCAGUUGAGACAGUUACUGUGUACACGGAUGAUGAUUAUGAGCUCACCAUGCACAGAAUUCCCCAUGGAAAAGAUCAACAAGCUGGAAAGCGGCCAGUGAUGUUCUUGCAACAUGGACUCGAAGCAUCAAGCUCAAACUGGAUCACGAAUCUUCCCGGAUUGGCUCUUGGAUUUAUGGCCGCCGAUGCUGGCUUUGACGUUUGGAUGGGAAAUGUUCGUGGAGAUGAAUACUCUCUUGGGCACAAAACUCUCGACCACAAGAAGAAUGAAUACUGGAAAUUCUCAUGGGACGAAAUGGUGAAAUACGACUUGCCAGCCAUGAUCAAUAAGGCUUUGACCGAGACUGGACAAGACCAUCUCUAUUAUGUUGGACACUCACAAGGAACACUCAUCAUGCUCAGCUAUUUGUCUCAAAAUGAAGAUUUUAACUCAAAGAUUCGCCAAUUCCAUGCUUUGGCUCCAGUCGGAACUGUGAAACAUAUCCAGGGACUUCUUGCCUUCAUUGCUAAUAACUUUAUGAUUGAGUUGGAGGCUUUCCAUUCAAUCUUUGGAGAUGGAGCCUUUUUGCCUCAAGACAGUUUCAUCAAACUUGCCGAGAAACUUUUCUGCAGCAAUGAUGUCACCGAGAAACUCCUUUGUGGAAAUCUUUUAUGGUUGAUUGCUGGACCAGAGAGUCAUCAAAUGAACACCACCCGUCUCCCCGUUUAUAUUGCUGACAUGCCCGGUGGUACUUCCACUCAAAAUGUUCUCCAUUGGUGUCAAAUGGUCAAAUCCGGAAAGCAACAAAUGUACGAUUUUGGAAGUGAAAAGUUGAACAAGCAACACUAUGGACAAACAACCCCACCACUUUAUGAUGUCUCGAAGAUCACCGUCCCCACUUAUCUCUAUUGGUCUGACGCGGAUUGGUUGGCCGACAAAAAGGAUAUCACCGAUCAUCUUUUGCCAAACUUGCAGAAAAAUACAUUGAUCGAGAACAACUACUUCGAUGACUUCAACCAUUUGGAUUUCAUUUGGGGGCAACGCGCUGCCUCGGAGAUCUACACUCCACUCAUCGAAAAAGCUCUUCGUGAUGUGAACGGACAGAAAUCAAAU